GUAGGUCGCACAGUGGUGAUUCUAAACAUACGUAACUCUCUCUCUUUCUUUCUUUCUCUCUCUCUCUCUUUCUCUGAAACAUUACGUAUUAGAGAGAACAUCUUGGCAAAAAAAUAGAAAGACAAAAGCCAGUCAGAACUAACACUGGUGGUCAGCUACUAGUCGACAGUUUCCGCUUUUCUACCAGCGCGAGUUCCGAUUGGCUUCUGUUUUCUGCUCUUCUGCUAAGGUAGGAAUUUCCUCCCUUACACGUCCAUCGACACUUCCUAUUCUCGACUGUUCCAGUUAUCGAAUAGAACACGCGUUGGACAUGAGCGGGACGGUGCCGUCCGCAUUGAGCGAAACAAACGCGAUCCGUAGGAAAAUAAUAGGCGCUGUAUAUAUCCACCAAAGAGCCAACAAGUUUUUCCAGUAUCUGACGUCUACAUUCUCCUCAUCCUACUUCGUUCUAACUGGUUGCGGCGUAGCUUCCUUGAGUCUCAACUUAUUUCGCCUCUCUCAAAUUAUCUUGCUAACCGAGCAAAAGGAAAGCAUUAUACCGUAUAUGGUAUUCAUAUUGAGCCAUUUUUACUAUAUGUUCAUAUGCAAUUACAUGGGACAAAAGAUAAUAGAUCACAGUACCGAAAUCUCUGUGAAAACGUGAGUAUCAUGAACGAAACAAGCGCGAAUCACGAGCGGUCCGCUCACGCGAGCAUUAUGUGUGUGUCUAAUAUAAAUAUCAAUAUAAGUCAGCUAACUUUUUGUACUUGGCUACUUGGUACUCAAAUUAUUCGGAUAUUCAGACAGGAUGUCCGGUAACUGAUCGAACAACCACCGUGUACGAGUAGAACGGGUCAAAAUAAUCAUAAAAGUUAUAUAUCAUUUUGAAAUUUUCUCAAUAUUUAUUCC